AUACAUACAUAGGUAGGCAGAUAGAGAGAUGACAUAAAUACAAUAGAUCUAUGAAUAGAUAGAUAGAUAGAUGAGAUAUUUGAAAUAGGAGAUAAAUAAGACAAAUAUACAAUAAAUAGAUCAAAAUGAGAUAGAUACAUUUUAUAUUCGAUUAGAUAGAGGACAGAAUGAUUUCUAAACUGACAUAUUAUGCUACAUAUAUCUAUGAUAGAUACAUAAUGAUUUACACUUUAAUCCAUCUAAAGAAAUGAAGCAUUGGGUAGAAUAGGUGAAGGACCCAGAUCUGGACGGAAUAUCACUUGCUUAUAGAUCGGCCGAUGUCUGUCUCUUCCCUAUAUUGGCAGUCCAGUGGGCAUAAUCUCUCUUUCUAGUCGCCCAAUAAACUGCUCUGUAGAAGUCGAUGGUUGCUCCCGGCUCCCUGAUCUUCACCCUGGAGAAGUCUGCAGCCAGGUUCUCUCCGGGGACUCCGGAGUUUGCCCUUCCCCCGGCUUUGCCCCCUCUUUUACCUUUCCCUUCCCGCCUGGUACCAGCAGAGAGAGGGACCUUGUGCCACUGCCAGGUGCCCCCACCCUCCCCCAAUUAUUUAUUUUUUUUUUACUUCCUGGCAGCUCUGUCACCUUCAUCCCUUGUCUCAACCCUGUAAUCUGAGCAAUCCCACCCACCCCAGUCACCUCCUAUUCCUCACAUCUGAUUAGCAACCAAAAGCUUGAAACGGCCAGACAGGUAUCCACCUGCUAAAUGGAGGUUACCGGCUAGGAAGGGGUUAAAGGGAUACCCUUUUGGUUGACUGCCCAAGAGUCCUGCAAAAGGGGGGGGGGGGGGGCAGCAAGUGUCCGGGACCUGGACCCCUGAACAGUGGAAGGAGUGGACACCUUUGGUUUGUGUGUUUUUUGCCCUGCAGACCUCCCCCCCUGCCAAGAUACUUUCAUGCCAGUGACACUGAUCAGACAGAGGACUGUGCAGGGCACCAUACAGACCGACUGGGAUUUCAGAGUGAUAUAUCCUUUGUCUGAUUCCCCCUCGGUGAAGAUGUCUAAUUCUUCCCCUGCUGAUGAAGGGACGACAUUUGAGCACCUCUGGAGUACCCUGGAGCCGGACAGUAACUAUUUUGAUUUGCCUCAGUCAAGUCACUCGAACAGCUCUGAGGUUUCUAAUCAGACGGAAGUCAACAUGGACGCCUAUCAAAUGAGGAACAUGAACGAAUCCAUCAUGUCUCAAUUCAGUUUGCUGAAUAACACCAUGGAUCAGAGUAUCGGAAGCAGAGCAGCCUCCACCAGUCCGUACAACCCCGACCACAACUCCAAUGUCCCCACACAUUCCCCCUACUCCCAGCCCAGCUCCACCUUUGACGCCAUGUCUCCAGCUCCGGUCAUCCCAUCCAACACAGACUACCCUGGACCCCACAACUUUGAAGUGACGUUCCAGCAAUCCAGCACAGCUAAGUCAGCGACGUGGACCUACUCCCCUUUGUUGAAGAAACUCUACUGCCAGAUCGCCAAGACGUGCCCCAUCCAGAUCAAAGUAUCCGGCCCUCCCCCGCCGGGCACGGUCAUCCGGGCCAUGCCGGUCUACAAAAAAGCGGAACACGUGACGGAAGUAGUGAAACGCUGCCCAAACCACGAGCUGGGACGGGAUUUCAAUGAUGGUCAGGCAGCACCAGCCAGCCACCUGAUCCGCGUAGAAGGCAAUAACUUAUCCCAAUACGUAGAUGAUCCUGUUACUGGUAGACAAAGCGUAAUGGUGCCUUAUGAGCCGCCGCAGGUCGGCACCGAGUUCACCACGAUCCUCUAUAACUUCAUGUGUAACAGUAGCUGUGUUGGAGGGAUGAACAGAAGACCCAUCCUGAUUAUUAUCACUCUGGAGACCAGGGACGGACAAGUUCUGGGCAGACGGUCGUUUGAAGGUCGGAUCUGCGCUUGUCCAGGAAGAGACAGGAAAGCAGAUGAAGAUCAUUUCAGGGAACAGGCGGCAUUAAACGAGACAGCGGCCAAAAAUGGCAACGGCAACAAGCGCAGUGAGUCAUCGUGUAAGCAGAGUCCUCAAGGGGUCCCGGCUCUGGGCACUAACAUCAAGAAGAGACGCCAUGGGGAGGAGGAGAUCUAUUACGUACCUGUUCGUGGUCGGGAGAACUUUGAAAUCCUUAUGAAGAUAAAGGAAAGUCUUGAGCUGGUGGAGCUGGUGCCGCAGCAGCUGGUGGACUCCUACCGACAGCAACAGCAGCAGCUGCUUCAGAGACAUGCCCAUCUGCAGUCACAGACGUCUUAUGGCCCGGUAAUCUCUUCAAUGAAUAAAGUCCAUGGAGGAAUCAACAAACUGCCGUCCGUCAACCAGCUUGUGGGGCAGCCCAACCACCAGCAUGGAGUAAACACUGCACCGGGAAUGAUACCAAUGGGAUCUGGUAUGCUGAACAACCACCACUCCAUGCAAGCUAAUGGGGAGAUGAAUGGCGCUCACUCUUCACAGUCUAUGGUAUCGGGGUCACACUGCACUCCCCCACCGCCAUAUAACGCCGACCCCAGCCUUGUCAGUUUUUUGACAGGACUGGGGUGUCCAAACUGCAUCGAGUAUUUCACAUCACAAGGUUUACAGAAUAUAUACCACCUGCAGAACCUAACUAUGGAGGAUCUUGCAGCACUGAAGAUUCCUGAGCACUACAAAGGCCUGAUAUGGAGAGGAAUCCAAGAGCUCAACAAAAGCCACGACUAUGGAGCACAACAGCUGAUCCGAUCCAGCAGUAAUGCUUCCACCAUUUCCAUAGGCGGCUCUGGUGAGCUCCAGCGCCAGCGCGUCAUGGAGGCUGUACAUUUUCGUGUGCGACACACAAUCACCAUUCCCAACCGGAGUGGAGCCGAUGACUGGGCAGACUUUGGGUUCGAUUUACCAGACUGCAAGGCGCGAAAACAGUCUAUAAAAGAAGAGUUUGCAGAGUCUGAUAUUAACUAAUAUCUUGAGAAUUGGGAGGAACAUUGACCAAAGUUAUGCUCAGCUUGAAGAAGCCAAAUGUGAAUAAUUCUAUUCGCAAGCCAGGGUGAGAUCUAGUGGUCUUCACGGUAGGGUCAAUGAGGAGAUGAUCCAAGUGCACAAAUGAUGCUUCUUUUAUCUGUAGAUAUAUAAUCGCACACUAAAAGAAUGAACCGAACCAUACCAAACCUUAGCAGGUACCCUAAACGUUCAUCUCGCUUUAGGCAACAAUCAUGGAGGGUUUUGGUUCAUCUUGGAUAUCUUCACGGCUUCACAUAAGGGAGAAACUUGUAUCACAUGAUGUCCACCUACGGUUGGCAAAGGCACGUCUUCAGAGGGAAUAAAACCGGAGGUCCCUCCUUUCCAAUGAACUGCCAAAAAAGUAUUGAUACCCGUGUCUGUUUAUUGCGUUUCGUUACAGACGUUUCUGACGGUUUUCAAGAACAUGUUUUCGACAAAACGUGUGAUCUAAAGACCUGCACCGAAGAUGGUGUUUUUAUUAAAAAAAAAAAAAUUAAGAAUAAUAAUUCUAAAUAACUGGGUUCAGUCAAUUCCGCUGCGUUUUAGGGGCAAAAAAUAUCUGUAAUUUAUGGCUGUAACCUGAGGUGUAAAUAUCUUGUCUCCUCAGUCCCAGAAUAAUAUUCUUGUUUCUGUUAUUUAUCUGUAAUAUAAACUAUUCAUGGUUUGUAUAGUCGUAGUAGUGACUAGUCCAGCCCCCCCCCCCCCCAUACUGUGCAGGUAGGAAAUAAAGCUCUAUACCUUGUCUUCUGUAUUAUUCACACACUGUAGUUUAACAUUUUUCAGUUCUUUAUUGAGAUGACAAGACGCUACAAUGCCCGGAUUUAGGGGCGAUGGAACCAGGUUUGGUAUUUGUGAAUGGAGAAAAUUCUGAUAAUUAUCGUGUUUGCGUGGUUGUAUAUAGUUAGGGCGCAAUCUGCUGCAUCGUGCUGUUAUAGCCAGGGAGUAAUUUCAUGGUGCGUCCCCCUAUUACGGGAAUUAAUAAUUAUUUCUUUAUUACAUUUUGGCCCCGGGUUCUAUGUUGGAUUUCUUUGUAACAAUGUUUUUUACAGCAGUAACGUUAGGCUGAAACCAUGUGGUUUUGCCUUACCUUGGUUAUGCUGAACUAUAUGGUAAGACCGCUUCUGACUGGUACAUCUGAAUGGACCCCCAAGUACCAAAAUCCACCAUUCACACCUCAUUUUAGAAAAAUGCCUCUUACAUUUUUGGAGAAGUCUGAUGAGCCCUUGUCGGGCCUGAACACUAUCAUGUAUGAAAGGUACUGGCUCUUCUUGAGAUUAAUCUAGUAAAGCAAUCCACCCUGGGACCAAUUAUACAAAUUAGCUCCCCCCACCGAAGAAAGAUGCUAUCAUUCUAGUGACGCCUAUGGUUGGCUCCGGUUUGAUCGUUAUUCCUUGCCCAUUUUGCCCAAAGCAACAAUUAGAUUCUAGCUGCAUGAGCUGGUUUAAAAAUGAAAACAAAGAUCUGACAGGUUACUAUGGGCAACACUGAUGCCAUAUACAUGAGGCUCACUGCGAUCGCUCCUGUGUUGUAUGUAUGAAUGUAGAGGUCCACGUAUUUCACUGCAGGGCAGCCAUAAGGCAGGACUGUUGCCCAUAGCAACCAGAGAUUCUGAUUGGUUGGAUUGGUUUGCCUCGCACCUGCAUCGGUUCUUGUACACCAUAUUUAUCAUCUUAUAUGUAAAUCAAGUUGUUUGCAAACAGGCCGGUUGCCCACACAUGAAUCAUGUGCAAUUGCGCCAAAUUUAGCAAAAUGGUGCAUGCCAGUCUGGAGUGAGCUUGCGCAAAAUUUUAAACUGUGGCUGUGGCUGCAAAAGAGUAAAGUAAAUUUAUCUUCGUCCCAAGGAGUUUUGAUCCAAUAAUUUAAGUGAUGUGGAAGGAAAAAAAAAAUUUUGUGCAAAGUGCAGUUUGUGCGCAAAAAUUUGCAACAAAUUUACACACAUGCAAAUCCCCCCGUUUUUAUAUCCCAAUAUUAAAUAUUACUUAUGUCUGUAUGAAAAUAAAAGUUAUCCAGAAGAGGGGAGGGGCUGUGGAAUGUGACCAGAUUGGUGCUUUUGUUGUAACAAUAUUAAAUGAUCUGAUUCGCUGCUACCAUUAGCUCCUCCCCUUUCACUGUAGUUUUUCAUAUAUGAGACCCUGUGCUGCAGCAAUUUGUGAACAUAUAUUCAGCCCACAUAAUGGCCUCCUGUACAUGUAUUUACAGUAUGUUCAUUUGUUUCUGCUUUAUGGUACAUGUUUUUUUAAUGUAUAUUUUGCUUGGUAUACCUUGCAGGGCGAGGACCUUUCAUACACAUUGUAUGCAGCUGUGCAGCCCCGAGAACUGUCUGACUGAAUGUUAUUUAGUAUAUAAUACACAACGCCUGACAAAAAUGUUUUACUUUGUAACAAAUACACAAAUUGCACAUAUGGCACAAAACAAUGGUUGUUUAACCGCUUCUUGAUAAUUGAUGUACAUGUAUCUCAUGUCAGGAAGGAGCAUGGUUGUAUGGAGCAGGCUCAGGACUGGAGAGAUAUGGAGCAGGCUCAGGACUGGAGAGAUAUGGAGCAGGCUCAGGACUGGAGAGAUAUGGAGCAGGCUCAGGACUGAAGAGAUAUGGAGCAGGCUCAGGACAGGAGAGAUAUGGAGCAGGCUCAGGACUAGAGACAUAUAGAGCAGGCUCAGGACUGAAGAGAUAUGGAGCAGGCUCAGGACUGGAGAGAUAUGGAGCAGGCUCAGGACUAGAGACAUAUAGAGCAGGCUCAGGACUGAAGAGAUAUGGAGCAGGCUCAGGACUGGAGAGAUAUGGAGCAGGCUCAGGACUAGAGACAUAUAGAGCAGGCUCAGGACUGAAGAGAUAUGGAGCAGGCUCAGGACAGGAGAGAUAUGGAGCAGGCUCAGGACUGGAGAGAUAUGGAGCAGGCUCAGGACUGGAGAGAUAUGGAGCAGGCUCAGGA